AUGGGCAACCGGUUAGCUUGUUGUCGCCAAACAUGGAUAGAAUUUCAUGAUGAAUGUGAAGAAGACUGCAAGAAUCACCAAUUACCUCGAGUUUUUGGUCAUCAGAAUAAUGGUGCUGAUUUUUCCGAAGAGGAUAAUGGAUUCAAAAUUGAAAAUCGUGAACCCUGUGUCAGUUGCACACGUACUAGCGUACCUGAGAAACCUUCUGUUGCAUAUAAUUUAACACAACACAUAAGUGAACGGGAACCAGAAGAUGUCGAGUUUGACCCAUCCCUUAAUGCCUCACAGCAUACACUGUUCCUUUCCGGCAUUACACCUGAAUAUCAGAUAGUAGGAUUUUCCAGGGACCUGACGCCCAAGUCUAGGAAAGGGACUCCUACAACUCUUUCUAUUAAACGGUGGAGUUCUUGCAGCACUAUUUACGUUGGGGAUGGCUAUCUGGCUCGUCCUGAUGUGAAUGACAUUGUAUGUAGCGUGUCAGUGGCUGUUCAACUUCUUAUGUGCAGUGAUCUAAACAAACACUUUUCAAAGCUGUUACAUAAACCAGGUGUAAAUUCCUGUCCUGACUUCCUGCAGGAUAUGUAUGAAGAGGUGUAUAGAAAUUUUGAUGAGCGAGUCUACCCCAUUGAGCACCUCGUGUAUGAUGAAGAUGCAAAUACCAAUACUAUAAAUGAUUGGAAGUCCUCAACAGCCUAUCAUAUUCGACAGUUUCUGCGUCGUCUUUUCAGCACAGCCCUAUUAGGACCCGAAUGUGCUAUUGUAGCCCUUAUAUUUCUUGAACGACUUAUACUUGGAGCCGAAGUGGCUAUGACAUCAUGGACAUGGCGUCGUCAACUGUUAGCCUGUGUUCUUCUUGCUAGCAAAGUUUUAGAUGAUCAGGCUGUAUGGAAUAUUGACUAUUGCCAAAUUCUCCGAGAUAUCCAUGUUGAGGAUUUGAAUGCUUUGGAGCGACACACAUUAAGACUAUUACGGUUUAAUAUCAAUGUACCAUUUGGAGUAUAUGCCAGAUAUUAUUUUGACCUGUUAACCGUUGGGGAGAGCGCUGGAGUUGCAAACCAAGCUGUUAAACGAAAACGCUUAACUCCUGAAAGAGCACGCAACUUCCGAAUAUUACCUACUAAUUUGGAAAUAUGUACAUCGGACAAAACAUUAUUAGAUAGAGGAUUUCUUUUUGACUUACCUUCUUUCACAAAAUCAGAAGUAUUGUGCAAUAAAAAAGAGAAACAAAAGCGUAUUAAUAUUCAGAAAUCAACAGAAGUUAAAUGUUACAAAGACGGUAAUCAUAAAAAGUUCAUUAAAACUCCUUUUUUAAGUCGAAAUCAGGCAACUAACCAUGAGGUUAACUUGUCGAACCCAAAGUUUGAUCUUAUGCUUGAUCAUGUAACAGUUCCUGUUGAUAAUAAUUACCAGUCUUCCAAUAAUGUAAUUUCCGAUGAAUCGUUGGUUCCAAUUCACCUAGAUGAAGAAACCGAUUUUGUAAAUUCCACUCCCCCAACUUUUUCAAAGUUAAGAGAUUUUACUUGUCAGUCGAAACAAUCAAAGACAAAGUACUCUUACACAAACCAAGAGCCUUCUAACCAAUUUCAUCCCUUAUUAUUAUCAUCAUCUUUGGAUUAUCAAAAAGAAACAGUUCCUUGCACGAAGCUUCUGAUCAACUCCUGUAAGUCUUUCCAAACGUCAGCUUGUGUUCGGAAUUUUAAUCCACCUUGUUCCUUAAAUGAAGCAACAGGUGUAGAUCCCAAUAAUGUAACCGAUUCUCAUAUGAGAACAGAGUUUAUACGAUCUCUUAUGGGUGGCGAUUUUGUGAGUUGCGUUGGUUGUCCCCGCGAUUUCCAUUUUUCAUCCAAAAUGAGUGAACUGGAUCAGCUACGGCAAGAAAGUGAACAACUCAAAAAUAUGAUCAGGGAGGCCCGCAAAGCUGCAGCUGAUACUACGCUACUUCAAGCAUCUAGUAACGUGGAGCCGGUGGGACGAAUUCAGUUGCGUACUCGUCGUACUUUACGCGGCCAUUUGGCCAAAAUUUAUGCUAUGCAUUGGAGCACUGAUUCGCGCAAUCUUGUAUCUGCCUCACAAGAUGGCAAACUUAUAGUUUGGGACGGGUAUACUACUAAUAAGGUUCAUGCCAUUCCUCUAAGAAGUAGUUGGGUCAUGACCUGUGCCUAUGCACCUUCCGGUAAUUAUGUCGCAUGUGGUGGUUUGGACAACAUUUGUUCCAUUUACAAUCUUAAAACACGCGAAGGUAAUGUACGUGUCAGUCGUGAGCUUCCAGGACAUACAGGAUACUUAUCAUGUUGUCGUUUUCUUGAUGAUAGUCAAAUUGUGACAAGUUCUGGUGAUGUAACUUGUGGACUUUGGGAUAUUGAAACUGGGCAACAAGUUGCUACUUUCACAGGUCAUACAGGCGAUGUAAUGAGUCUUAGUGUAGCACCUGAUCUACGGACAUUUGUUUCAGGAGCUUGUGAUGCAUCGGCAAAACUAUGGGAUAUACGUGAUGGUCAAUGUAAACAAACGUUCACUGGACAUGAAUCAGAUAUCAAUGCAAUUAUAUUCUUUCCGAGCGGUUUAGCUUUUGCUACUGGUAGUGAUGAUGCAACCUGUCGAUUUUUUGAUAUUAGAGCUGACCAAGAAAUUGGAAUGUUUAGUCAUGAUAAUAUUAUUUGUGGAAUAACAAGUGUUGCUUUCAGUAAAAGUGGACGAUUACUACUUGGUGGAUAUGAUGAUUUCAAUUGCAAUAUAUGGGAUACACUUAAACAAGAACGUGCUGUGAAAGUAAGAUGUAAGUUGGUGAUUACUUAUAUAAGAUAUACAUUACUUUUAUGUAUCUAUUAUCUAUCAAAGUCAAUUAGAUAAGAUUAUUAUGAUAAACAAUACAACAUUAGAAAAUAAUUGUAAUACACUAAUUUUAUUGAUGCCGUUUACUUUUCCCAUAUAACUUUCAUAUUAAACCUUCACUAUGAAUGGCAAUUAAAAUGUAGUAAGUAGUUUUUAAAUUGAAUUUCUUACAAUUAUUAUUCAGUAAUUCCAAAACUUAUCUGUAUUUUAUGUGAUUGCUUCAUGAAUAUAUAUUGACUCGAUAAAUUAAAAUGUUUAUUUUGCUUAUUAGGUUAGACCGAAUAUUAAUUGUUUGAACAUCUUAACAAUGGUGUCUACCUAUGUAAAAUGUAGAAAAAACUAGAGUCCACUUAAUUUUAUAACUAAUUAAUAAAAGAUUGAAUGUUUCUACAUUAUAAUUUACAUUGAUAUUUUUAUUAAUGUGCAUUCAUAAAUUUUGUCUUCAAACCUUAUACAUACAUAUGACAAUAUCAAACAUAAUUCGACUUUAUAUCAUUGUUUGUUUAUUUCUCCCUUCUCUCAAUUUCAGGUAUAUUGGCUGGACAUGAUAACCGUGU